GCAACUUUUGACCUAAGUUUUUCACGUUUAUUUUUAUUUUUUUUUAUUUUUUUAUUUUUUUACUUAAUAUCUGACGGUGUCUGUGCAUGUAAGCAGAAUUUACAGUAGAUUUUAGAAACACUUGAAAUGUGGGAGGUGGGGUCUCCGUGGAUGCCCGGAGUCUGAACCUCCUUUCCAUCACAUCAAAUAGAGUAACUUGCUCCCCAGGCCGGCUUGUUCUUUGGGAGGCGCGCACCAGGAGCGCAGCGGCGCGUCUCGUAACGCGUGCCCAAUUUGCGCCUCAGCAGAAGCUACUUAUUAGGAGCGUCAGAGGCAAAACGGGAGGGACAACGUGAUAUGAUAAUUUAAUGGAAAUACUCUUUGCUGUGCUGUUGGAGCUUUGCGCUGCGCCUGUUCUGUUGGAGCUGCCGCUCUCCUGCGGAGAGCAGAGCGGAGUCUUUGAGAAUAGGGGUGACGGAGAGGCGAUCGGGACGGAGAUAGAGGAUGAUUUGCAAGAAAGUUAACAAUCGUAUGCGUGCCAGCUUUCCAGAAGGUGACUUCUGCUGCGUUUGAUUUCGCGCUUCGAAGAGGAUGCAGGAUGCAGAAAAAAAAAAAAAAAAACAGUUCCGCUCCACCAAAAAAGAACUGAAAUUCAUUUCGGAGGUUUGUUUGUUUUUUGUUUUUUUUGAAACCGCAUUGCUUUCAAAUCUGUUCCUGUGUGUGGACGCGCUUAAAGGCUGAAUUGAAAGGUGGAUGUGAGCCGAGGGACAGUUUAUGUUAUCUGUUAUCGGUGAGCUGCAACAUAAUGGUGAUCUUUUGACUUGAUGCGUUCCUGGCAAUUUCCCAAAAAUAUCCUGCGGCAACAACGACACGUGAGCAAAAAUCAGCAACUAUGGGAUGUAAGUCUCACUUACAUCUCUGCUGUGAAGGGAAACCUUAUAACCCUCAAAGAGACACUUGCUGUAAAACCGAUGGAAACAGCACAGGUAAUCUGACAGUAGGACUGAGUGAAAGGAUGUCUCAAUGCUGUGGAGAGAUGGCGUACAACCCACUUAAUGAAAUAUGCUGUGGGCUAAAAGUGACACCCAAACCUUCACAUGAUGCCAAAUGCUGUGGAGAGGAGGCGUACAACCCACUUCAUGAUUUAUGCUGUAAAAAAGAAGUGAAACCCAAAUCUUCACAUGAUCCCGAAUGCUGUGGAGAAGGGCCUUAUGAUAAAAGCAAGAAAAUCUGCUGUUCUGGAAAGCUGCUGGAUAAGCUUUCUCCUGACCAUAAGUGUUGCUAUGGGAAACUGUACGACUCUUCAAUUGAGAAUUGUUGCCAGAAUAUGUGCCAGAAGAUACAGAUGAAAAUCAAUAAUUCCAAAGUCUGUGUGAAGAACUUCACAUGUGAUGACAUAGAUCCUGCUCCUGUAGAGCUUCGGAGUGCUGGCAACCAUGACAAUGAGACCAUCAAAUCAGACAAGGAGGAAUGUAAGGCCGGGAAUGAAAAAGAGGUGUACAAUAAGAAGAAUCAUUUUCAAUGCUGCGGUCUCCAUCAUUUCAACCCUACCCUCUGGUCUUGCAAGAAUGGAAAACUGAGUCCCCUCAAAAAUAUGAUGUCUAAAAAAGAAUAUUCAAGCAAGUAAUAGGAAGAUCUUUGCUUUUAAUCACCAGUUGUAAAAGCAAAGUCUUGUGUAUAUCCCAAUUAAUUUUAUCGGCUAUUCUGGAUGUCACAACUCUGAACAGCAGUGGCCUAAAAAUGAGUGAAGAAAAAAUAAAAGGCUGCUGCCGCACUUCAACAUCCCGCCGUCGUGAGAACAACCUAUUCUAUACGUUUCAGAAACUAAGCUGGUUAAACAAUAUGCACUUAUUUAAUGACUUUUUGACUGACUUACCACGAUUUCAGUUCUCCAGUCCACUUUGUUCAUGUGUUCUCAGUAGGUUGCCAGUGGCUGGUCCUACAUGCUUAUUGCUACUGUGCUCCAUCUCGUUUUUGCAGUGCUAAACCAGUGUGAUCACAACUUAGCUAAGAACCAGUCUGUCUUUCCACGUUUAAAGAACCAACUCUGCAUCAUGGCUUUAAACUUUGCUCAACACUUUUGUCUCAGGAUUGCAGUAGAGGGCGAUAGCUUAUAUGCACAAAUGACUGUUUUUGUCUCUGAUCCAUGUGAACAGCUUUACAAUGCCAGCUGGAUCUUUACGACGGUCUGUGAUUCUUCUCGUUCGGAGCUGGGAGUGGGUUGACGGUGCUGUUUUUGCAAGUCGGAAUGCAGUGGGGUUUGUUAUGUGUUUUGGUGCUAACUGCUAUCAGGAAUACAAUCACAUAACUAUAUUUAAAGACAAGAAUAUGUUUACAAAUAAGUAUUUAUAGCACUAUUGGUGCUGCUGUUUAACCAGUCACACAGUGUUAGAAGUGCUUAUGGAAAACUGAAACGGCUCUGCAAUAAGCUCCGGCUUUCCCAGUCGUAUUAGCAACUUCAGGGGUGUUUUUGUUGCUUUUUUUGGGCUGGGACUCGGGAAACGAUUGUGUAUAAACAAAAUGAACCAAUAAUAAUUCUACCUAGCGCUAAUAAAAACUCUUUGUUGGGAAUUAAAUCAUCAAUGUUAAACAGAUUCAUCUUUUAAAGAGAAUAUCUGAGCUCAGUUGUACAAAUGAAUAACUUAAGUUAUUUAAUUUUUGACCUGACUUGUCAAUAUUUAAUGAGUUUUUAUCCAAUUUGAGGCACUUUAAAAUGUAAAAUAACUAAAAAGCAACAUUUACUCCCUAUAACUUCACUGCCUUUACCUUUUGCCACGAAGAGUCGACUCUUUGAGUGGUGUAAACAGACUUGGUCAUAAGCAAGCAUUAGCACAGGAAAUUUAUUCAUGGGUUAAAAUAAAAAUAAAAAAAAACCCUGAGCAAAUACAGUCUAUACUUACAAUCUUUAGGAUUUAAAUAGCUUUUUACUCUAGCAAUAACAUUUGUUGUUGCAUUUAUACUACACAUACAACUACUUAACUACUAUACACAUUAUAGCAUGUAAGCUAGAAAGUUUCUCUGUCUUUACUACAUCAAAAUUCUGAUGCGAUUUAUUUUAAACCAAAAUUACUGCCACUAAAUAUGUAGAAAUGUAUUCUCAUCUGCACACCAUGUUUCUCUUAAAGGGGGGAAGUAUUAUGUAAAAAUCGACUUUUUUCAGCUUUACGUCACGAACCGAGCGCCGUCCUCGACAACAAAGCUCAGUCUUUAAGCUUCUGAGCCUCCGCGUGACAGAGCAGCCGCUCGUCUGAGCUCUUUCAGACUAGCCAGAAGUGAAUACUAGAGGAACUCUGCAUUUGAUUCUCCAAAAAAGGCAGGAGUGUCAGAAAGGGUUCUUAAAGAGAAAAUAUAUCUUUACAAUGUAGCUCUCUACAGUGGUAAAAGUGAAGCUCAAUCAGUGAAAAAAAGCUAUCCCACCAUUCCACUUCACAGCAUAUUUUCUGCUUGCCUUAGGGGGGAGGUCCCUUGUCCUAUCAGGGUCUACAUAGGCUGCUGGAGUUUACUUCCUGCAGAUUUUUGCCCAGGGAAAUAUUUUUUUAUGACAACAGCUAGACUGUUUAUAUAUAAGCUUAAAAGAUGUCGUAUAAUGUGGCUUUUAAUAAUAUAUAUACAUAUACACUAAUAUGCUACUUUUAUUUUUUUUUUAUAUUUACAGACUUUUCUUGUUCCAAAACAAAUACUUUUGUAUAUAAAGGAUUUUGAUUAACCCCAACUUGAUGACUGAGCUAAAACUGAACAUCUAACCAUUUCAGGGACAUGAAUGUAAACAUUGUAAUCCUGUAUUGUUAACGCGUCGGUUGUCAAAAAACAAA